AGUAAUUUGAGUUUUGUUAUUAUUUGUAGUGGACGAAUUUCAGCAUCUUGAACAGUUAAUAUUUUCCUUCACAUUGAACUAAAAUGCCGUUUAUGAAAGGAAUAGCUCCUAUUAGGAGAACUGUUAAUUACUUACAGUCGGGUAAAUUAGUAUUGAAGGAUAGAGUUCAAGUUUUUUCGGUGCAUUACAAUCGACUCGGUGAUCACCACAAAGGAGCAAGGGAAUUUGUUUUCUGGAAUCUCCCUCAAGUGCAGUAUAAAAAUCCUCACGUUCAAGUCGUAACCUUCAAAAAUAUGACCCCGUCGCCUUUCAUCCGAUGUUAUUUAGAAGACGGAGCGGACGUUGUAAUAGAUAUUGAUGGCAAAACCAAAGAAGAAAUUCAGGACCACCUCCAGAGAGUUAUUUGCAAAUCGAGUGAACUUCUUGCUAAAGAAGCAAUCGCCCAAGAGAAGAAGGACAACGAGGCUAACUUUGGGUACGGCUGUCAGCGACACUGCAUCUGUGAAAUGCCUGGUCAAGUUCCGUGUCCAGCCGUUUGUCCUCUGCCAAACCACAUGCGGGGGAAAUUCAAAUAUGCUGUUGAAUAGGUAAUUUUUGUGGUUGAAGACUGUGAGCUCAUUUAUUUAGAAUGAUAGAGAAUAAACAAGCCAUAAAUAUAAA